AUGAAACUUUUAGAUCCCCAGAGAAGCGACUCCAAAAAAGAGGGAAGCGCCCAGCAGAACGGAUCCGUGACCAAAGAGACGACCGUCGCCACCUCAACUACAACGAACAUCUACUCCUCCUCCCCGGAGACAAAAGGGGCGCUUCUCGAGUUUGCUUCUGCUUUCCGGAAACCACGGAGGGUUGGGGGGGGGGGAUUAAUAGCACGUCGUUUCUCUCUUAUUCGUCGCAUCCUGAUGCGCGCAGAGAUGCGUGAAGGAGGCCAGAUUCCGUGCGCGGAUAGUGUUUCUCUAAGCUCGGCCGCGUCCUAG